UCAUAGCAGCGUGACCUUAUAAUUUUCUCCUCGCAUCGUUAUCUCUAUUGUUUCCACUUCUUCCCAGGGCCAAUCAAGCUUGAUCUGGCUUCUCUUCUUGAUUUCAGGUCGUCAGAGCUUAACAGCCGAAGCACGAAGAAGAGUUGAUUGGAGCUACCAAAUUCUAGGAUUCCUGCAACCAUCCGUUGAUUGGGACUCCUCCCUGUAUGCGAUCCUCCAGCUCCCGCCCCUGAACGAUGUACAGCAACUUCAAGGAGUAAGCAAUCGAGUACGUCAAGCAGGCGGUGCAGGAAGACAAUGCCGGGAACUACGCCAAGGCCUUCCCCCUAUACAUGAACGCGCUCGAGUACUUUAAGACGCACCUCAAGUACGAGAAGAACCCUAAGAUCCGGGAGGCCAUCACCCAGAAGUUCACCGAGUACCUCCGCAGGGCUGAGGAGAUCAGGGCCGUGCUUGACGAAUGUGGAAGCCCCAGGCCUGCCUCGAACGGGGAUGCCACGGUCGCCACCCGCCCCAACAAGAAGCCCAAUGAUGGAAAUGGUCAUGGCGACGAGGAUGAUGCGAACAAAGAGAAGCUGAGGGCGGGGUCGGAUUCCGCCAUCACACGGGAGAAGCCUAAGGUGAAGUGGUCAUUUUGCUGCAAUUGCCCCUAGCUAGUUUGAUGCCGUCAUUAUCUUCGCUGCAGCGUAUUUAAUUCCUUACAAUGGCUUCCCUUUGAUGGUCCGGAACUCAAUGUGGUAAAUGAGAUUGACUAGAUCUGUGGCUAUUAUAUGAUGAAGGAAGCGCAUGUCGAUGGGCUCGUAUUCAUGUUCGUCCGCAACAUAUUCUCAAGUUAUGAAAUUUCUUGGUACUUGGGUUUUUUGAGUAAGCUAUCCUCAAAUUCAAAUUCUUGCAUGAGUUACAUUAUAAUACAGUGAAGUCUUUCUAUCUACUGGUAAAGGGAUGAAAGCGAGUGAGGAGAGAAUUAGAGAAGAGAACAAUAGGUAGUGAAAGGAAGAGGGGAGUGAUCAAUAUGUAUAAUUUUCGGGCGGUCACGUUGAAGAAUUUCCUUUGGGGUA